UUAAAAAUAACAAACCAAACCUCCUUAACAAUCUUUUUUCACUUACUUCAACUCAAGAACCACAAUCUAAUACUGAUAUAGAAGUCGAUCAUCCACUUUCUCCUCCAAAGCCUUCUCCUGUUAAUUAA